UUAAAAAUAAAAAUUGGUAUCUCUUUUCAAUUUAAUCUCAAUUUUCUUCCUCAAGCACGAACCCUAAUCCCUUAUUUCCCAAUUUUCGUCAUUCACUCUCUCGCAGAGCUACGUGCUCCUUCAAUCGCUAGCAGAUUCGAAGCUCCUUGCGUCUGUUGCUGCUGAAGAAGCCGACACGAGGUUGAUAGGGUAAGCAGCAAAAGCAAAGAGGUUCCACUCCGAUAAUCAAGAACAACAUCGUUAUUGAGGACUGUGGUUCUUGCUAGAGCAAUCUCUCAAUAGCUGAAACUAUAGCAGGCACUCAAGCAUCUAUGGGUAUAAUCAGGAGUUGCUUCUCUUUCAUAGCAGGAACAGUCUGUGGGGUUUACGUGGCUCAGAAUUAUCAAGUUCCUAACAUCAUGAAGCUAGCUGACACUGCCUUGUUCAUGGCAAAAGUCAUUGAGGAAAAAUACCGCAAACCCAAGAAGAGAGGUGGUGAUGAAGACUAGUGCUUAAACAACGCUAUGUUGGAAUCAGGUUCUUGUUUUGUUUUAAAUCCUCCUAUAUUAUAUAGGAUCAAAUAUCUUUAUUAACAAAACUUUUGGAAUACACAAAUUAUAGAGGAAUUUUUGUGGAAGCAUUCUUACUUUCUUAGCAUUUAUAGGCUUAUUAUUUUUUCAUUUCCAAGGGAAACAUUCUCAUUCCUCGGUUGUCUUUCUUGCUCUAAAUAUCAAUUUAAGACCCAAGUUAAAGAAGUUUCAUAUACUCAGUUUCUCA